GGCGGAGCCCCAGGGGCGGGAACGGGGAGGGCGGCCAAUGGGGGGAGGCCGGUGCGAGCUCGCCUCUAGCGGGACCGAAACCGGCAGCGGGCGCCUCCUAGCCCCGCCCACGCGACACCACGAAAGAGCCCGAGGUGGCACCUGGUGGCUCAGGGACCUGCCUUUAUGAGCCUCUCUUCUGCCUCGAAGAGCAGUGGCCACAGCAUUGGUAUUUGAAGCAUCAUGGCUGGUAACUGAGACAGCAGCACUGAGGUGAACAGGGACAGUUAACUCAUUUCAGAGCUAUCGUUUCAGGCUCUCUGCAAACAGAGGUUUUCCUGCAUUCCCUGCUCUUCUCUGAGGCCAGCUUGGUCCUUCAUCAUGCAGAGGACAGGAAAGGAGAGACAUUAGCACCUGCUGUGGCAAUGGAAGAGUUUCGAAGGGCCUAUGUCCAGUUAUGUAAGGAAAGUGGUGCUCAGCCACAGGAGACAGUCCUGCAGCAGCUACAUGAGCUCCGGGAGGGGCCAGGACAAAGCCGCUUGGAUUUUGCCACCCAGAGCCUUUCUGUGGAUACAUGCAGAGUCCUAGGGAAGCUUUUACAGGAUGAGAUCCUGUUUACGGAGAUCAUGCUGAGUGACUGCAUGCUGAAUGAAGAAGGGGUCAGACAUCUGCUGAAUGGACUUUGCUCCAACACUGUAGUAAAAUCUUUGGACUUGAAGGGGAAUAACCUGCGAGCUCUGGGUGCUGAGGCUUUGGGGAAACUCCUCAGGCAGAACAAAUCCAUCAGAAGCCUCACCUUGGAGUGGAACAGCCUGGGCAUGUGGGAAGAGGGCUUUUCCCUCUUCUGCCAGGGACUAGGAGCCAACCGCUUCCUCCAGUGGCUGGAUCUGCGCAAUAACCAGAUUAACCACCAGGGAGCAGGAGAGCUGGCCAUGGCCCUGAAAUGCAAUUCCAGCCUACAGGAGCUGGAUUUGCGUUGGAAUAACAUUGGGCUCCUGGGGGGCCGAGCGUUACUGAGCUGUCUGCACAGCAACAAGACCUUGAGGAGACUGGAGCUGGCUGGGAACAACGUCCCGAGUGACAUCCUGAAGGCUGUGGAACAAGCCAUGGAUCACAACCAGGAUCGCCAGACCAUUCUUGCUGAGAACCACAGCCGGACACGCGUACUCAGUAAGGAGGUGUUUAGUCUGAAGGAGGAGAAGGCUAAGCAGUUCCUGGAUUUGAUGGAUACUAUUGAUAAACAGAGAGAAAAAAUAACCAGGAGCAGCAGGACAUCAGCAGUACGAGUUGGCCAGUUACAGGAAGCCCUGAAUGAGCGGCAGUCUGUCAUGAAUUCAUUAAAAGCCAAACUGCAGAUGACUGAAGCUGCAUUGGCUCUGUCUGAGCAGAAAGUGCAGAACCUGGGAGAGCUGCUGAGUGCCACAAAGCAGGAGCAAGCCAGCAUGACCGAGUGCCAGUUGAAGGAGCUCCGGCAGCAAAAACAGGAAGCUGCUGGUCGGGAAACAAAGCUUCUCCGGGACCUAUCUGCUGCCAAUGAGAAAAGCCUGCUUCUAAGAAACCAGGUGGAUGAGCUAGAGAGAAGGUGCAAAGCCCAGCAGGACCAGCUCUUCCAGGUGAAGCAAGAUUUGACAAACACAACAGCAGAGCUGAAACUGCGAGCCAUGCAGGCAGAGGAACGCCUAGAAAUGGAGAAGAAGAGAUUUAAACAGGGCCUGGAAGAUGUGGAAUCCCUUCGACUGAAAGAGGUGGAUCACAUGACACAUCACAUGGAGGCAAGUGAGCGCUCCAUGCAGGAGAGAAUCCAGAGGCUGGAAGCCAUCCGGAUUGGGCUGGAGGAGGAGCUGAGCCAAGUCAAAGCAGCGGCAUUUGCUGAGCGAGGUCAGGCAGAGGAGGAGUUAAUCAAAGUCCGGGGCCAAGCCAGGCUGGAAGAGCAACAGCACCUGGAUCACUUGGAAGAGAAGCUACGGCUGAUGAUGCAGUCACGUGAUGAAGCUCAGAACUACUGCCUUCAGCAGAAGCAGGUAGUGGGAGAGGCACAGGCCAAGGUCAGCCAGCUGACCCUGCAAACCGAAGGGCUCAAGAGGCGCGUGGAGGAACUACAACAGGACCUGAGCGGCAAGGAGCAGGAGAAGGUGGCUGAGGUGAACAAAGUGAGAGUUGAGCUGCAGGAGCAGAUUGGACACCUGCAGGCUGAAAGGACAGCACAGGAAGGGCUGAAAGAGAAGAUUGCUGCCCUGGAGAGGCAAUUGAAAGUGUUAUCAAGUAACCACCGGGAGGCCCUGCUGGAUAAAGAAAGUGAAAUCUCUACUCUCCAGGAGAAGCUGAGGAUGAAAGAGGCUGAGAUCUCCAGGAUGAGGGAAGAGGCGGCCCAACGAGCUAGUUUCCUGCAAAACGCCAUCAUGGCCUAUGUGCAGGGCUCCGCCCUUGGACCCCUCAGCCCUAGGAAAUGAACAUGUCCUAAGGAAUCUCAGGUGCCUGCUGUCAGGAAUAGGGGAGCGUGAUCUGUGUGCAGCUCCUUCUUCCGGAGCAGGCCUGGUUUCUCAGGAGAGUGGUGUUACUCGUCUCUGAAGCACAAGGGGGUCACAGACACAGAAUUCCUCAGGCCACUCAGAAAUUCUGCUGCUGACAGAAAUGAGGUCUGAAGAAAGCAACUAGCCAAGCCGGGGUAGGAAUAGCCAGGACUGAGUUCUCCCACUUCACCGUGUUAGGCCCUGUCUACGCUAGAGCUUGUAACAGCCUUUGAAACUGUUUUUAUGUCCUGUCACACAACUUAAGUCUACCUGUGUCUGCCCCACACACUGAUACUAACCAUGUUGUAGGAUCCUGUGAGAGAGGUGUCACCCUCCAGUACUGAUUUGGAUGCCAUGGCUGUUCACAAAGAAAGUCUUGUCAACACUUGACAGGGGAACUAUCAAAAACAGCUCCCAUGCUUGGGAGCCAUCUGUGUCACUCUAGGCAAGGUACAGUGAGCCCCAGAUACUAUGGUGAUGGGUAACACAGACAUACUUGUAAUAAAUGAAAUCAGCUAUGCUGGCAGGUGACUGCAGAACCAGGCUGGAUAAUGAAUUGUUAGGUAUGGCUGAAGCCCCUACAGUCCUAGUUGAUAUUGAAAAGUAGGGAAGAUCCUGUCCUUGCUCAUUAUGGACCACUGCCCUAAGCUGGAUGCUCUUUAACAAGACAGUGGCAGAGAACAGCAUUUAAUUCCACGUUGGUGGGAGGGUCACACUGGAUCCUACUAAAGUGACAAGCUGCAAAGAAUGAUCUCCUGGCUCCCCAAGGUCCCUGACCUGUGUAGUGCCUAUUUUCUUGGCUUUGAACUGGUGGAGAGGGUGUAGGUUGUUCUCUUUCCCUGUCUAUAGAAUUUCAGAAAAUAAUGUGUAGGAGAUGGUGAAUGAUUUUAUAUUAAUUUUAAUGCACAUCUUUUAAACGAAGAUGAAAGUGAAAUAUGUGCCCUUCUGUCUGGGCCUAGGGGUUGAUUUGUUUUCAUGGUUUGUUUUGCAGGGUUUAUUUAAAAAUAAAGAUCUUUUGCAUUUUGUUAUAAUACUGAGCAAUCAUCAGUGCAUGCUUUAACAAAUUUGGGAACCCUAAUGUUUGUUUUUAACUGUUGUGUUGAUCUCUGAUGUGCUUUCUGCAAGAAGACCCUCUGGGGCUGGCCAAUAAACUGGGGGAAGCUGUAUGGAGAACUAACUGAGAGCAUCUA